UGGGAAUAUAUUUGCGAUGGUGCAUCGUAUUUAAAGAAUUCGCUUGGCCACCUAUUCCUACCAUUUCUUCAGCUGGUUUUGUACUAUUGAGCUUUCGAUGUUACAGCUAGAUGGAAUGACAUCCAUGUGUAGUACAGUUCCUGCAGUGUUUGCGUAUCUGAGUUACUCCAUACCAGUUGUGUGGUGCCGUGUUCCACUGCAUUUAUACCCGACCAAUUGGAGAUUAACAAAGGCAGCAAAAGGGCAAACUUCGUUAUUCGGUGAGAUUCAAGUGGGGAGGAGGCUACUAUUGAUAUAAGUGCGGGCAAUACUCCGUACUCCGUCGAGUCCUAACAGUUGAACCCCCCGCAUCCUCGUAAAGACCAUUACUUCCGCAUCUACAAUUUACUCAAAGGAAGAGAUCUCUUGUAGUGUAUGUGGUAAAAUGGCGAAACCGUAUCCUCAAGUUAUCCUCCUGGGGGACUCCCUGAUUGAGUUUACGGCUCUCACUCUGAGCGGCUUCUCGUUCCAGUCGGCUCUUCAAACAAGGCUGAUACGACGCUUCGACGUGGUUAACCGCGGCUUCUCAGGAUGGAAUACGACAAAUGUGGUCAAGUAUUUGCCCGAGAUUUUCUCAGAGCCAUCUGCUUCGUCACCAAAGAUUGCGUAUUUGCUUAUUCUCUUGGGCGCAAAUGACGCAGUUCUUCCUCUGGAGACUACCUCGCAGCAUGUUCCCAUUGAAACAUACAAAGAGAACUUGAACAAGAUUAUCAACGAUCCUCGGGUACGGGCGCACAAUCCCAAGAUCCUGCUGGUAACUCCUCCUCCGGCAGAUGAAAUCAGGCUCAAGGAAUUAGACAUGGCACAGGGCCACGCCCAAGCCAUCCGAAGCUCGGCCGUAUCUGCGUCGUAUGCAGAGAAAGCCCGGGAGGUAGCCCGCGAGAACCCCGGCGUGGUCUUGGUUGAUCUCUGGCAGGCCAUUAUGGGCGAGGCGAUUUCCAUGGCUCCCGGAGAUUAUACACCUGGAGGUCCGUGGCUGGGGUCGCCAGAAAAUGGGAAGCAGGGGGGCCUGACCACGCUUCUUCCGGAUGGGCUUCACAUGGGCGGAGAAGGCUACAAGGUGUUUUUCGACGAGAUCAAGGCGCAUAUUGGGCAAGAUAUUGUUCCCGAUGAGAGGGGAGACUAUGUGCUGCCUGACUGGAGAGUGGUGAACCCUCCCAAGGUGGCUCUGGCUCCUCCUGUGCGCGUUUCUCUUGGAUAGACGAACCGCUCAUUACUUACAUGCUUAUGCUAUAGAUAUGUUGGUAUAGUAGAUAUCCAAUAGAUAGAGGGAGUGGUAGAAGGUGUAGAUAGAUACUAAAUGAGUGAUGCGAAGUACGGUAAAGCUGUCUGACGUAAUGCAUCAAAUUUAUACAUGACAUGAAAUUGGAUGCG